GGUUCAUAUUAGAAAACCAGAUUUCUUAGUUACGACAUACGUGGGUGUGUCAGAGCCAUAGAUUGUUGGAGCUUGGAAAUGCCAAUAAUUUAAAUUUUUGUGUCAUUUUAAUAAAAGAGUGUAGGUGUAGCUAUAUUUUCAAUGAAAAUCGUGGAAAGAAAUUUGAAGAAAAUUGUUUAUUGACUACUUAUAUUAAUGUUAAAAGUGAAGUCUGGUACCGAAAGAAUUUUUAAUGUAAUUAAUUUUGAUAUAGUGGAGUACAUACUGUAAUGCGAAAUAGUCUACAAGAAAUAAUUCAUGUAAAUGGGUUAAGCUUGGCAUGGAGGAUGAGCAAAUUCAGCUCAUGUGGAUAUUGUUUGUUGUUCUGUUGGCCCAGUCGGCCAAUUGCCUUUGCCCAACACAGUGUGUUUGCGAUGAUACUUCAUUGAAAGUUUCAUGUAAUGCAGCCAAUUUAGAAGUAAUUCCAAUACAACUUAAUCCUGCUGUUCAAAUAAUAGAUCUUGCUGAAAACAAGAUAACUGACAUUCAUUUCACACUCAGUAUAUAUACAAACCUAAUGGAACUUGAUUUAUCAAAAAACUACAUUGAAAGCCUAGGUUCUUCAAAUUUUGAAUUACAAUGCAAUCUAAAAGUUUUGAAUCUCGGUUAUAAUAUUAUACACAGUUUAAUGAAAGAUUCUUUUAAAGGAUUGAAAAGUUUGGUCAUCUUGGAUUUGAGUUUCAAUAAUUUGAAAGAAUUACCUGUGGCAGCUUUCAAAGAAUUGCAAAAUUUGAUUGUUUUAAAGGUAAAUAGUAAUCGUUUAGAAUAUUUGGAAGCAGGUUUAUUAAAAUAUACGAGACAGUUACAAAAAUUAUAUUUAAAUGAUAACCAGUUAUUACAAAUACCAGGUAAUGCUAUUUCUGAAGGAAUUAAGUUAAGAUAUUUGUCAUUAUCGCAAAAUCUAAUGGAAUAUAUUGAAGAAGAAGCGAUGCCGUUUCUUCCAGAGUUACGGGUGCUCCUGCUUAAUACAAAUGUAAUUAAUUACAUGAAUCCAAGUGCACUUUCAAAUUUAGAAUCAUUGGAAGUACUAGAUCUCAGUGAUAACAAUUUCACUGUUAUUCCCACAGAUUCUCUUUCAAAAUUAUCUAAUUUAACAAAAUUGUAUUUAAGCGGAAAUUUCGUUCAAAGUAUACCAGCUGUGGCAUUCCGUGGUCUGUUUCGUCUUCAGUAUUUGUACUUAAACAGAUUGGAAGUUUUGUCACAUAUUGAUGUGAGAGCCUUUGUUGAUAAUAUAUGUUUGGAAAAAAUCUGGUUAGACAAUAAUAUAGCAUUUCAAGUACUCCCAAUAAACAUUUUUCACGGUAAUCCAAAAAUAAAGGAGAUUUCUCUAACAAAUAAUCAAAUACCCACGCUAGAUGUGUCUCAUUUUCCCUUGGAUAAACUUAGUUCUUUAAAGCUGGGAGGUAAUCCCUUGCAGUGUAAUUGUUCUUUAUUUUGGCUUUGGAAGUUAUUACAGGAACAAAAAACGCAAGAAAUUAUUAAUAAUACUCAAGAGAGCGAUUUAAUAUUAGAUAUGAGUAAUAUCAGUUGUGCUGGUCCUGAAUAUGUCUUGGGAAAGUUAUUGAUUCAAGUAAAGGAAUCCCAAGUUGUAUGUUCAUUAGGAUGGGUAGCCAUAGUAUCGGUUUCUGCUACUGUAGUGAUGUUAUUUAGUAUAAUAAUUAUUUUAUUGUAUUUUGGCUUUAUUAAGAGGCGUUUAACAACCAAUGAGAUGCAACCAAAAGCAGGACCAUCCAGUAGUCAUUAUGGUAAUAUGUCUGUAAACAUUCCUUAUCAGGAAAACACGCAGAAAAGAAUGUAUACCCACUAUCCCAGUGAAUAUCUUUUGCCAAAAGUUAAUGAUACAUGGACUUUACCUCCUAAUUUAAUGCAAAUAUCAAGAUAAGGCCUUAUUAUAUUAACACCACUGAGGAGUUAAGCGCAUAAAAAACAUAGAGUGACUGUUAAUUUCAGUUACUGCUCUUCCGAAGCUAUUGUGUUAAUUGAAUGAAUAAAUCAAUGAAUUGGAAUCGAGAUUAUUUAUUGUCAAAUAUUAAUUUAUAAUUUUUC